AGUCGAGGUUUAGGCCUAUCUUUCUUUAGUCCAAAGGUAGCUGAUAUUUCCCUACCCCAAGACAUAAAGUCAAGCUAGCGGGAUAUUUCCUUUUAAGUGCAUUGUGGUUAGAUUCUGAUGUAAGUUACACAAUAUUUUUCUGGAUAAACCAUAAGUAGGAUGUAUACUAAAUUAUAGGACUGUCAGGAGUUGGCUUCGAUCAGUCAUUGAUACGACAUGUUAGAGCUGGGGCAACAUUCACUAUAAAACUGUUGGUCAUCGAUUUUUUAUAUUAUUAUCUAAUAUUAUCUAUUUUAUUUCAGCAGAUUUCAAUGUUCUCAGACAUAAUAAUAAUAUAAUUUUUUCCUACGCCUUUGGUUUGGUAUGUGCGCAACAAAUAAAAUAAAAUUGUUUUUAAAAUACUUAUAUAGGUCUAAAUAAUCAGUUUAAGCGAGUUUAUAAUAAAAUAGUCUUAAUCUUCUAAAAAAAAAAUUGGUGAAAAAAAUAAUAAUAAAUAAAUAAACGAAACUCUCAACUCACGUCCACAUUACACGCACAAAAGGGAGGCUAAUACCGAAAUAUUUAAAUGUCAAUAAACUUAAGUUUUCGGGUGUCAACAUUUUUUUGAUCUAGUAAUUUUACUUUAUUAUGCUAAUUUUAGAGAAACAAAUGUCGGUUUAUUUUAUUUAUGGUAAUUGGCAUAUUAUAGAGUUAGUCAUAUAUUAGAUCAGGAGAAUUAUUUAAAUAAAAAUGCCACGAACAAGACGCCUGCCAAGUCAGCUUUAGUUUUGUUUAUUUUAUAACUUAAAUGAUUCAUACUGUACUAUUCAUGAUGUGAAUUUUGAUCCAGGCAGCCUAUUCAGCUGUCAGUGCCAGCCUUUCUCUUUCUCACUUUCUUUCGUUGGAAAGGGGGCAAAUCCGGGGACCGGUAAUCUCGCAUUUUAGCAUUGUAAUAAAUUGUAGAUUCAAUACAACUGUACAAAUGACUGAAACUGAAAUGGCAACUAAUUCUGUCAAUAUUUAAUAACUCGUCUUCAGCCUUCACUCAAGUUUCAAGCCUUGUACUUGUUAUGGUUGUCUUUGUCCUAGUUUAUUUAUUUAUUAUUAUUUUUUACAUUAAUGACCUUAUUAUUUAUGGGAGUUAUAGCCUGAAAUAAAUAGGCUACUACUGGACAAUAAUAUCACCAUCUGAUAAUAUGUUUUCCAAAUAAAAAAGGAAGGGUAGUAUGAGUAUGAACCUGGGAUCCAACCCCUGUUUUAAGUUUAAAAAUCAACAACAUCACUAAUGAAUUAUUAUUGUAAGCUCUAUUUUUACUACAUUUCAGGUCAUGAAGAUACUUGGAAUAGAAUUUGCACCCUUGUGGAUCCCAAGGGACCGCAGGCUGCAAACGAUUGGAGCUCUUCACUACACCUAUGCUUUUCUGUUCUUUGGAUUUGGGAUGCUAUUUGUGUUUAUGUACCUUUUGAUAUUUACAAAUUAUUACUUCAUCCCUCUGUGUUAUCUGGCAUGGUAUUUUUAUGACCGACCUAUUAGCAGUCGUGGUGGGCGAAGGUCUAACUGGGUAAGAAGGUAAUUGCAAGUAUUUUUUCAGAUUCCAAUAAUGAAAUUUGUCAUACCUUAUAAUAACAGUUUUUAUAAAUAUUUGGAAGGAAAUUUUUUUCAACUUUUGAUUUUAAUCCAUAUUAUUUAAAGAAUAUUUUUAUUAAGCAAGAAACACUGCUCUUGAUUUUUUUUAAAGGAUGGAGAUUACAUUUUUUUUAUGUAUCUGCUUGAACUUAAAUGUCUGCCUCACAGACUCAUUAUAAUUAUUCUAAAGCUGACUUUGUGGAAAUAUUUCAGGGGAAUAAAUGGAGUGGUGGGUUUAUGAAGGGGUGAUAUGAGAUUUUUAUACAUUUUCUCUAGGUACAUUAAAUAAUGAAAAAUAUUGUAGAUUGCCAUGGUCCUAGUCUGCUCUAGACUCUACAGAUUGACUAGAAGUUUUAGAUGGCACUAAAUAUCUGCGCUUGAUUAUUUACUUCAUUUAUUUACCUCUUCAAAUGAAUUCAAGUUUUAAUGUCAUGCUUUUACAAAUUUUGAUUUCAAAAACAAGUUUUAAUUCACACGCUUCUGCUAUUGAUUACUGCAUGUCAUAAAAAAAUUACUAGAAGAAGAAGGCACCACUGUUCUGUCGUUUUUAGCACCAGCACACCUGGAUAUUCUUUUGUACUGUAUUGCUUAAAAGGUGCUAAUUGGCCAAGUGGUUUAAACUGAGACAAUCCCAAGCUUGUGGACUGGUAAUGUACUGUCAGCAACAAUCUAGACAAGCAAAAACAACACCAGCACCAUGGCGGAUGGGACUCUUUUAACCUUAGAUGGCAACUCAUCUAAGAGAAGGGAAACUCUGCUGUUAAAUCCAGAGAUAGAGCCUUUUAGGAGCCAUGGCAAUGAUAAUAUGACAACUCCUGCGAUGUGGAAAGCAUGAGAGCACAAUGAGAGUCAAGAAACACUGCUGGUCAUCCACUGCAUCCUGGUCUAUUUUCAGUCGUCUUGACGAGUGAGGCUGACAAAUUGAGCAACUUUCUCUCACUUUAAACAAAAUGCAGCUCAAGUCAAGGUUACUACUUAAGUCCAAGCCUUGGCCAUCUUUGCACAUGUAGGAAAAACAAUAAUAUUGCUUUCAAUGGCAUCUUUGUCUAAUGGGUUUGCUUAUAAGCUGGUUAUAUACUUUUCAGGCUUUUCCUGUUAUAAACUACAGCCAUCUGCUUAUCAAUGAACAUACUUUAGAAGUAGUAUGCCUGGUUGUUCUUUAAAAUCUUGAUUAUAGACAUUGCCAAGUAUUCUCUUGAGUUGAAUCCAAAUAUAAAUCAUCAAAUUCUGGAAGUAAAUAUAAAUAAUAAAUUACAAAGAUUUUGUGGAUUUAAUCACAUGAUUUUUGAACCAUAAAAAUUACUAGCUUUUUUUCUCUCAAAUGAAAGAAAAUUUCCUUAUUAGUUUUAAUGAUUGGUCGAACUGACAGUUUUCAACAUUGCCUUAGUCUAGUUAAUUAAAAUUUGUCAAAGUGAAUCAGUUGCACCCAUUUAUUUUAAUUGAAUGUGAUAUUCUGUUUCAGUUGGACCUUGUUCAAGUGGUCUGCAGCAUACUUUCCAUUAAAGUUGAUUAAAACCCAAGAUCUGCAUCCAUCAAAAAAUUACAUUUUGGCCUGCCACCCUCAUGGAGUCAUGUGCCAAAGUCAUUUUGUGAACUUCGCCUCUGAAGGAACAGGAUUUGGGGAACUUUUCCCAGGAAUUAAGUCCUACUUAAGUGUGCUGUCGGGCCAGUUUAUGUUUCCUAUAUUUAGAGAAUACUUUUUAUUGUCAGGUGAGGAACUCUAGAAAUGUAUGAAGUAAAGGUUUGAUAUAUUUAGCUAAAUAAUAAAUCUAAGUCAGGGUGAAAUUUAAGCUUAUAAACCAUGUGCAGAAAUGCCAAACCAAAAUAGAAAGGGAAAUCUCAAAAGAUUGUUUUAUUUUUAUAGAUUAAGUUUUGCACAAUUGUUUAUUAACUGGGAAAUAAUCAGCUGAUUAAGAAAUUUUUAAGUGCUGAAGACUGAUGAAAACAUGCAAAAAUGAUUGUGUUCUAUUUAAUGCUAAUGACAACUGAUUAGUUUUAAAUUAGAGUUCAGUUGAAAACCAUUGCAGCAUGAACUUCAAUUGACAUGUUGGUCCACAUUCCGACAACCAGUAUACUUUACUACACAUUGACUUAAGUCAGAAGAGCUUAGAUCAUUUUAAAGCAAUGUGCAAAUCUUAAGCUUAAGAUAUAUGGGCGACUCAAUAACAGCAGAAACAUUUUCAUUUAUGGUUUAGUGUUAAUGACGUUUUUUUAGAGUUAAUUACAUAUUAUAACGUUUGAAGAAUAAAAAAAGGAUAGGUACUCAUAGUCAUAGGACCUUACAUAGAUUACUAUAACUGGGUGUGUGGUAUGGGGGUUCGAUGGGUGUUUGAAAAGAACGAGGGGAGGCGGGGGGGUGUGUCUGACAGGUGUCUGAAUAAGCAUAAAUGAAUAAAAAAUGAUUCCUCACUGCAAUGGUAGAGACAUAAAUAUUUUCUGUGGUAAAAGUUAAAACUCUUUGUGUAAGCUGUGUGAUAAUGCAUAAGUUACGUUCAAAAGCUUUAGUUUGAGUUUGAGGUUUUGAUGGAUAUCCUUUAACUCAACUGUCAGACACAUUGGCAAAGAAAAUUUUUAAAACCCGUAAAAUCUAUUCCACACCUGAGCCGUGAAGGCUUUUCCAAUGCCCGGUAUAUAUUUAUAGCUUCAACUAAAAAAAAUCUCCUUAUCCAAUCAGCCCUCCCACCUCAGAAGAUGCCUAAGUUAUGUGAGGACCCUUAGAUCAUUCUCUUGUGAGACAUCCUAUUUUUAAUAAAUGAUCUAUAUUGUUCGAUAUUGCACUAUUCACAUCUUUGUUACUUGUUCCAUAAAUGCUAGGUGCCGUUGAAGUAUCCAGGGACAGUAUUGAAUGGAUACUCAAAAAGGAAGGCACAGGAAAUGCCGUAGCCAUAAUGAUUGGAGGUGCUGUUGAGGCUUUGGAGGCCCAUCCUGGCAGUUUAAAGCUUAAAAUAAAAGGCCGAAAAGGUUUCUGCCGGAUGGCCCUAAAACAUGGGUCAGUUGAACUCUUAUUACAGUUAUCAUAAUUGAAAGACUUAUAAGAGUUUUUAAAUUCAAAGUACCAGGACCAACAAUAUAAUGGCCUAAUUUUAUCACAUCAUAAAUGGUUAAACAUUUAAAGAGUUGAUUUUUUGGGAGGAAUCCAUUAUUUAUAUCCUAAACAUUUAUUGUUUAUACAUUUUUUAUGUGUUGCCUUUAAAUUAUUUACUUAAUAUAUGAUAUAUGACAUGGCAGGAGACAGUUUAAAUUUAUUUGCAAAUAAUUUUUUGUUAUAUGCAAAUAAACCUGGUGGGUAAUAUGAAGGUUUAGGAUCACAAAUCAGAACUACCAUUACAUAAAAAUAAUUUUUAAUGUCAAAAUAUCUCAUUCUUUAGCCUUCAUGUCAUCAGGGUACCUAGGUAAUAUAAACCACUUUCAAAUAGGUGCAAAACCAGAAUAGGUAGAGAUAGUGAAAAAAAAAAUAAUUGUAAGUUAAUAAUUCUGAAAAAAUCAAAUUAUGGUAUCUUACCUAGAAUGGGUGUAGAAAGGGAUAUUUUAUUUUCUUCUGUAAGUGUAAGCACAUAUGGCUUACAUAUUAGUAAAGAAGUUGUGGUGUUGAGUAUUUGAAAUAAGAUUUUAGAGUGAGUGGGCCAAUUAAAAUAAAUAAUGAUGCUUCUUCUUCUAUAUCUUAAGGGCCCACGAUCAAUUUAUUGAUCAUUUUGGCUCCUAUCCAUGUAGAUGGGAUUUGCAAUGUUUCUGUUACUGGUGUUGAUGAGGAAAUCAUGCACCAGGGGUUUGAAGGCUUGAGGCAAUAGACACAAAUGUGUCUAGUGUUGUCACCUAGAAAGAUUGUUCCAGUCCCUGAUUGUCUUGGGCAGGAAUGAGCAGCUCCUAUACUGGCUUCUUGCUGGUAUGAGCCUGAAUUGCCUGUCAUGGCGUCGUCGCUGUCUGUGGGGGAGAGGGACGAGUUUCUGUUUAAUACUGGAACAGUGGACCAGCCCAUUAUUUAUCUUGUACAUCAUGGAGAGCCUGGAUUGUCGUCGUCGUUUCUCCAAUGGUGAAGCUUGAUCUUUCAAAGAAACUCAUUCAAUUCGGUAACAAAAAAAAAGUCAGUUCAGUUCUGUUUGUAACUUUUCAGGGCAAGCCUGGUUCCUGUCUAUGCCUUCGGAGAAAAUGAACUGUAUGAACAAAUCCCCAACCCUCAAGGGUCACGUGUGAGACGGUUUCAGAAUUUCUUGACCCAUGCUUUGGGAUUUUCCCCUGCUCUCUUCCACGGCAGAGGAAUCUUCAAUUACAGUUUUGGCCUUCUGCCGUUUAGAAAGCCGGUGAACACCAUAGGUAAGGACGCAUCCUCAGUUGUUGUUGGUAAUAUUUUAAACAUGCCUUUAAUGUCAAGGCUGUACGUUAAAAUCUCAAGUUGCAUUGCCUUUGUUUGGUGCAGCCUUCUAUAAAUUUACUUUUAGAGGAUAACUUAAAUAAUCAGGAAUAUGUGUUGUUGUUUUUUUUCAUUUAUAAAUGUGUUGUUGUAAUAACUUAGGAAUACCAGGUCAUAAGAGUUGGCUGACGUCUCUUUCAAGUCAGUCAUGACAUAGAAUGUUAUACAAAUAAUAUUACUAUGCAUUCCUUUUAGGAGGGAUUGAAAUGUAUGUAACACUACAGUCCCAGUCCCAAACAUUAAUGUUAUGGCUUUGUGGGUGUUUAGGUGUUGUGUCGUUUUUAAGGCUUAUAAUUUAAGUCAUUUCAUUGCCGCCUUUACAAUUACAUACACCAAAAUAAAUCAUUGACUCCUUUAUAAUGAAUUACAACAGAGUAAAUCAUUUAUUUCUGCAUGGGCUGCGAUUUGCUCAGUGCUUCUUAUGAUUUAAUUACAUUGCCUUCACAACAGUUGGUGCACCUAUUGAUGUGGAUCAAGUGGAAAAUCCAACUCAGGAACAAAUCGAUGAACUCCACAGCAAGUACUGCACAGCAUUAAAUGAUUUGUUCGAAACACAUAAGCUAAAGUAUGGCAGCCAGGAAUCUGAUCAUUUAGAAUUUCAAUAAAUCGAAUGCGCUUGUUGAGAUUGUUAAGAAAAUGUGCGAUGAUAGAUGAAUGUUGGAAGUUUACCUCGUAAGAUCAAAACCAAAAUAAUGGCGUUACGUUUUACUCCUUUUAAAUGCUAAUUUUGAGCUCAACUUUUUUUCGUUCCUUUUUUUAAAUCAUAUAUUUAUACUAUUUGAUUGUAAUUUAAUUUAUAUAAUUUUUAAGUAGUUCAAUAGCACAUAAAUAAAAUGUAUUUUUUUAUUAGCAAGUUAAACGCUAUACAUUUUUUAAACAGUUUACACAAAUGAGGUUAUGAGGUUGGUUUUGCGUAUAAGGAAAAAUAAACUUUCAGUUUUAUAUUUAGGAUUAUUGUAACAUAACUUUCUUUUGACAUUCUUAAAUAUUUUAAAAGUGUUUUAUGUAAUUAAAAUUUGCUUUCAAAUAUAAAAAAAUCUAUGUAUUGCAUAUUAUGUGACAUUGGCUUUAAAUAUACUUUUUAUAUACAUUCUGCAUCUACUUAAAUUAAUACUUUGUUUUCUUACUGAAAAUUAUGAUUGCAUAUUAUGUAAUGUAAGAACAUGCUUUUAAAUGUGUAGUGUAAAAAAAAAAUGUAAUUUUUAAUAGCUCAAAUAUUAACUGCUUAAUAUGUACAUUACUUUUUUUACACUUGUGACAUUAUAAUUCGUGAUGAAAAUAAUUUUGUUAUGUCAAUGCUGAUUCAUGUUUACCAAUCACACUUAAUAUUUCACUUUUAUUGAAAUGUUAUUUAUGAUUGGCAUACAUUUGCAAUAAAGAUAUACAUAUUUUUUUAUAAUGCGUUUUUUAAUAAAACCUUUACUCUAAUUAUUGUUUUCUUAAAUCGUAAGGAGGAGAUAUGGUUACAAGACUAUAUUACAGUCAGUUUAGAAA